CAACGCUAUUAACGCUGUACAGUCCAGAAUCAAACCCCUUAAAAAACUUCACGAAAAAGCUCGUGUCUUUGUUCGAUAUGACUUUUUGCCUUCGAAUUAAUAUUUUAUCUGAGUUUUACACCGUACUUUUCAUUUAUUAAUGUUGUUUGGUGUAAUCGGAAGCCAUUAAUUGAAUGGACUGGUAGAUGAUGUUUACGGGUAAGUCCUACGGAUUGGUCACUACACGACAAAGAACCACAGAUCAUUCAACUUGUCUUCUUAAACUGAGUUCAAGCCGUUUUAGACGAGAGUAUAGAAGCGGUGCAGUGUAUCAUGGUGAACUAGAAGGAUAUAAGAAGACAGGCCAAGGAAUAUUCAAGUGGCCUAACGGAGCUUGCUACGAUGGGGAAUAUACAGACAAUAAGCGCCAUGGAAAAGGCAAACAAUAUUGGCCUGAUGGCGCUGUUUACCAAGGAGAGUUUUAUAAAGACUUGAGGCAUGGCUUUGGGAAGCUUACCUUUGCAGAUGGAGAGUCUUAUGAGGGUGAGUUUUAUGAAGACAAGAAGCAUGGCAAAGGAACAUAUAUUUGGCCAGACAAAACCACUUUUACUGGACAAUUUCAGUUUGACAGAAAGGAAGGGUUUGGCUGCUUUGUAUUUCCAAGUGGGAACAUCUUUCAGGGAAUUUAUAAGAAAGAUGAAAGGGAUGGACCUGGAAUAUUAACCUACAGCAAUGGGAGAGAAGAUGUUGGAAUCUGGUCUGGAGCUAAAAUCAUCAAACUUUGCUCUGUCAUGGAAAGUGCCUUCUUGUUCCAACACUUUACUGAGUACAAUGUCAAUGCAGGGCAAAAUCUUUCUAUCAAAGUUCGUCAUUCCAACUCGGCCAUGGAAAGUGUUCGAAACACACCCUCGCUUAUUGAGAUUGACGAGUCUGAAAGCAAUGAAAGGGUGAGAAGGACAAUCCCUGAGUCUUUUCCAUUUAUGGACAUUGUUGAUGGAAUUCGAGGAGACAGGGGACCAAAAGGGCCACUUGAAUGCAAUUCAGAGGAGCUUUUGCAGGCAGCAACAGCAGGAGACUGUAUCAAAGUGAACAAUUUGCUGCAGGAUGGUUUAGUACAUGUAGAUGUUGCAGAUAAGACUGGAUACACCCCGCUAUUGGCUGCUGCUGUUAACUGUCACCGUGACGUCAUCAACUGCUUACUUGAUUACGGAGCCAACGUCAACAAGCUAAACGACGAAGGUCUUUCUGUAUUGGCUGCUUGUCACGUGCUCUUCUAUACCAAACACACGUGGAAAGACAACAUUGCCGAGAAUAUCCCCGAAGAAAACCUUUUUAAUUACAUUCAGGAGGAUGCUCAAAAAGGAACCUUUGUGCAUCGAAAUUGUCGUAAGAUCACACCUGAAUCAACUGACCCUUCCAAAGGUGACGUCGUAAGUAACACCUCUGAGGAGAUCCCACAUGGAAUGGAAGGUGAUACGAAUACAAAUAUACCCAAAACGAACUUGUUUUUGACUGAUCCAGGAGGUGAACUGGUUAGAUUAAGAAGCCAAGAGCACGAAGACAGCGAUGCAAAGGGAAUUGAAAGGAUAUUGAAUGAAGGGGAAUCGGAAAGAACUGAAAAACAGAUUCAUAUUCUGGAUAAAAAUUUCGAGGAAAGAAUGAAACUUAGCAUAAAACGAGGUGUGGACAAAGAGACACUUUUAAAAAGUGCAAAGAAAAAAGAAACUCAAAAAAACACUGAACUUAUAUUUACAGAUAAAAGCAGAGAGGACAAUGGUUUGGUGAAGGAUGAUUUACUUAGCAACACACGGCAUUUAGAAGUAGAGAAAUCUGGGUUAACGGCAUCCAAUGAGAACUCGCUGUUCAGUAUAAUGAGUGUAUUCAGCACGACCAAAAAUGUGUCUUCAGUUACAGAAGAUGCACGAAGUGAGAGCAGCUUAGAACAAAACAAGCAGCUUUUUCUUACCAUGCAAAGACGUCCACAUCUUGAGGCUACUGUUCGUCUGUUACUCAAACGCGGUGCGGACCCAAACUCUUCAUCGCUUCCAAUGCCUGUGUUGUUCUUCGCCACUAAAGCAGCAGAUACAGCAGCCAUUGAAAUAUUACUUCGUAAAGGCGCUGACACAUCAGCCACGCUGGCUCAUCAGAAACUAGGUAUUGCUCCUCUACAUAUCGCUGUGGCGUUGCCAGAUCCUGCUGGUAUUCAGAUCACAGAGCUGUUCCUGAAGUCAGCUGCUGACCCAGAUAUACGUGACAGUGCGUUUGGAAGCGAAGAUAAUAACGGACGCACACCUUUACAUAUUGCGUGUUCGAGAGAAGACAACGAUAAGGACGCCUGUGCAGUCGUUCGUCUUCUUCUUGAUUAUGGAGCAAAUCCUGAUUUGUUGUGUGAAGGUCAUUCUCCUCUUUCUCUAGCGAUCUGUAGUGGAAAUGACUUGGCUGUGGACGCCCUUUUGGAGCACCGUGCAAAUCCAAGUUUAAAACUAAACAAAGGAGUUGGAUCAGCACUUUGCGCAGCAACGUCAUUUGCGGCUGAAAGAAGACGUACCCCUCAAGGCAGGAUUCGUCUGAUAAACAAGCUGAUGCGUCACGGAGCGAAUAUUGUCGCUCCUAUUGUCGUGACAAGCCGCUUUCCACCAGGCACCGUGGUCGACUAUGCUUAUACCGUUUUUUAUCAGGAUCGUAAGAUUGCACACACACCGUACCAUGCCCUAACACCUAGUGAGAGAGAUUGCUACAAUGCAAGACGGGAAAUGCUCGAGCAUCUGGGAGACUUGCUGAGGACACAAGUGUUAAGGAAAGAGAAAGAACUCAUCGAAAAACAGUUGGUAAAGAUAGCGGAGAAACAAGAUUCCGUCAAGACACCUCAGUAUGGUAUCCUCAAAUCCCCUGAACGAACUCCAAGACCCAAAGACACAGAAAUUCAAGACACUGGACAUGGUGUCAGUUCCAGUCGUGUUACGUUUCAUUUUGAGAAAGAAAGUGGAAUAGCUGAACAGGAAAUGCAGGAGCUCGAGGAAGAGGCAGAUCGGGAGAUUGAGGCGAUCAUCAAAAAUGAUAAUUCAACAGGAAAUGAUAAUCAGAUGGAGGAACUUCGCAUGUUAUCACUCAGCUCGUCACCUGGUCGCGAUGACAAGUGUGGUCUGCGCAUCGCUGUAAUGAAGUCCGCUAAUCACAUGAGCAUAUCAGCGCUUGCGACAGAGACGCAGAAGAUGAGAAAGAAAGUAAUGAAAAAUCGGUUUCGUUAUUGUUAUGAGUGCGGCCGAUCGAUAGGCGUUCGGCUUUCGGCUUGCACUCGUUGUAAAGAGGUAUUCUAUUGUAGUAAAUCAUGUAAACUCAAAGCGUGGAACGCAAGGCACCGGGAAGAGUGUGUGCGAGUGAACAGAUAAGACCGCACUUAAAGUUCAAUAGUAGCUAGUAUAGGUGCGUUGGUGUGUUGCGUUCGAACGUCUAAAUUAGAAAAUGACCCCACACGUGAGCGCGCAUGGUCAGAGAUUAAUAGAAUUCCAGGAAGGACUGAACUCAGUUCCCUCUCCCGACAUCUUCCAUAGGAAACGAGAGAGGAAAUAAAGAAUGAGAGAUACCAGCAGAGAAUAAUAGAAUGUAACUCAAACUUCCACAAUGAUCCACUUGGACCCUGAGAAAUAUCCUAAUCCAAGGCGUGCCCUAAAACUUUGCUCGGCAUUUUGAAACAUCUCGUAACAAUGGCAUGCGUUGACACAACUUUUCAGCUCCUUAGAGACAGAAAUCUUAGACGAGGUCGCGAAAUAAAUUUAUAUUUAGAAGGAAGGUUAUCAGUAAUAUGCAUGUAUAAUAAAUAGUAAUUGCGAUGACAUUAUUAGGUAGAGUGGACAUUAAUUGAUUGGGAAAGGAGCUGAUAUUAAAUUACUAUCUUACAUAAAUGUGUUAACGAAAUUUAUAAGCAAAAAUCAUCAAUAGAUAAAGGCGCGCGGUCAAUAUUUAUUAAUGUAAUUGAUACAGUGGUAUUUUAAACCGCAUAAGAUAAAGCAGAUCGUGGUUGUUUUUCUGGGCUAAAGAAAGCAGGUUGGAAUCAGAUGGACCAGCUUAUGAAAUGUAUAGUAGAAUAAAAUAAAUAAAAUGAAAUAAAAAACAAACAAAAUUAGCUGGAUUGCAUUUGGACUCCAACGACGUAACUCCAUGGUAGGUAAAAAAUAAUCCCUUCCUGGAAACAUGAUCUCACGGCCACGCCCCUAAAUAUUGAUCUCACGCCCACGCCCCUAAAUCCGACCCCCUUCCCUGGGAAACAAAUAACUGAACCGGCCUAGUGUACCCCUAGUGUAAGAAGUGUCGAGGCAGUGUCGGUCAGGUUGAGAAGGAAUAUGCCAGAUAAGCAACUUUUUAAAAAAAAAUUUUGCUGAAGGCUGACUUCAAAGGCAGGACCCCAAAAAAUAGCGAAAUAAAAACCCCAUAGGUAUAUUUUUUAUGACCUCGGUUCAGGUGGAGUGACUUGCCCUCAAACAGCUGAAAAAUACCGGCGAACAUCUUCACGACACGAUGAUCUUAACCAUCUGCAGUCACGUGAUUAAGCAUUGUAAUUGAUACACUCUAAUAAUCCCAAUUACUGACUGGUGUAAAAAAAAGUUGACGGUGUAAAAAAAUUGAAAACAUA